AUGACCAAGCAGAAAAUAAUUGAUAAUCCGAGCGAAUGGAUUAUAACAAAAAGAGGGGAUUUUGUGCGAAUUAAGGACAGUGAAAUAUUAACUGAAAAGAAAUUAGAGGCAAUUCGCAAGCAUUUAAAAAAACCAUAUAAAGGAGUGGCUCGUUUUCAAGGAAAAACUCCCGAACAAGUUAGCAAAGAAAGAUACGAUAAAGUUUUAGAAGAAGUUAAUUUUGAUUAUGAAAAACUUCACCAUUGGAUUUAUGAUGAAAAAAAUAAGGAUAAAAUUGAGAUAGUUAAAUUGGAGGGGCAAGAUUACCAAGAGGCAGUAGCGGCGAUAAUUAAGCAUGUUAAGAGUUCUCAACAAAAAUGGAGAAUCAGAAUGAUUGUCAAACCAAAUGAAUUUCCGAGUAGAGUUUUAGUUAAUGAAGAAACUGGACAAGUUAUUUAUUACACUACUGGGAUAAGUUUUGCUGAUUUAGAAAAAUUAAAUAAUAAUCCUCUUGUAAUUUCACCACAAGUAAACAAGGCAAGAGAAAAUCAUACUUCUACUGUUAUUUUCCUUCACGGCACUUACGGAGCAAUAAGAGAUUUUCACCAAAUAGAGAAAAAUUUCCCUAAUAAUACUAAGUUUAUUUACCCAUAUUCGCCAAUUAUACAAUAUGACAUGUGGCAUGGUGCCGAAGCGAAACCUGGUAGUCAAGAAAAAGGCUGA